AUAAACAAAUGUCAAAUAAGUUGUUAGACUGGUGUCAACAAAAUAAAAGUGGAAUAUCAACAAAAUCAUUGAUUAAACGUAUAAAAACUGUCGCAGAUCUUGACGGCUGUUUCAGUUGAUGCUGGUUGAAAGUGAAGACGAUUUCAUAAAAUAAAUCAUGCGCCUGCAAUUCACACUUUGGGCACUUGUGCUGCUUUUGGUUAUGACAUUCACAAUGCAAACGUUUGCUGAGGAUGAGUCAAGCGUAAAUAUUAGUAUGGAUUUUGAUGACUCAAAAGAUGGUGAAAAAACAGAAGAUGGUGUGCCCGAGGAGAAUUACUAUUACUAUAACAUGGAUUUUUAGUGUUAAUUACUGUAGUUGGCUAAAUAAAUAUUAAGCAAACUUUUUGAAGUGUAUCCCAGCGAUCGGCGCUAGCUUAUCGAGAACAAGGUUUUAAGUCGUGAAAGUUAUCGACUGGAAAAGUUUACUAUCGCUGACUAAUUGUAAUAAUUGAUUAAUAGACUUUCAAAUGUGCCCAGAUGCCAUAUAAAUCACAGAAGUCCACUUCGACCAAGUCGCAUAUCCAACAAAGAUGUCAAAGCAGCUGCUGCUCCAGCUCUUGUUUGUGCUUUUGGCCACAGUUGCAGGUGAAUGUGGCAACAAUUUUGCUGGCCACAAAACAAACUCACAAUCGAGUUGCGUGUGCUUCCAGGUAGACAACUGAUGCUGCGUCCGCUGAGUGGAGCCGAGACUCGAGCUCUCCUCGAUCGUCAAGAGCUUGCCGAGGGUCGCUCAGUUCGCAGUGGACUUGCGGCACUUGGUGGCUAUACCCUGGGAUUGAGCAAGGCGCUGUUGGGUGUGUUCAUCUAUGAUGUGAUAACGGCGAAUGUGAGCAGCAUUGAGAGUGAAACAAGCAACGGAUAUGCGCAACAAGUGUGCUUCAACACAAACGGUUUGCUGACAACUACCGAAGGUCGCUCCAAUAAUAUUAUCGAUGAAGAUGAUGAUGAUAAGUCUGUCUACAAUCCGUAUGAAGACGACGAUAUCUAUGAUAAUCUAGGGCGACAAUCUACAACCACAGAUACAGAUAGCGACACAACUAGCACCGAUUCUGGGGACACGGCAACGACGUCGAGCGAUGCGGAUUCCAAUGUUGCCACUUGUAUAAUUUUAUAUCGAAAUAGAUGAACUUUGAGGU